AUGGAUGGCAGCCUCAGUGAGCCGCGAGCUGUGCAUCAGUGUAAUAUCUGUAACAAAAUUUUUGUAUCAUUUAAAGGCUUACAACAACAUGCGGUCAUUCACACUGAUCAGAAGCCGUAUCAAUGUGAUAUCUGUGGGAAAUCUUUUAGAUUCAAAUCAAAUCUUUUUGAACAUCGAUCGGUACAUACGGGAUUUACUCCACAUUCUUGCCCAUAUUGCGGGAAAACUUGCAGAUUGAAGGGUAAUCUGAAGAAACAUUUGAAAACUCACGUCACAUCAAAGGAUGAGCUGGAACGUGCAUGGAGGCCGUUCGCAUGUUGCAAGAAAUACAAUGAUUCGAAUCCGGGUAUUCAGAUGAUGAGGUUGGAAACUGUUCUCAAGAAUAGCGAGUUUUCCUUAGAAGAGAUUUUCGAGCAAGCACGCACGAUUGCUUUUGAGAAGUUUGACUGUCCCAUGUGUAGAUCGCAGUUCUUCUCAAGAGCGGAAUGCUACGAUCAUUUAGAAAUCGAACAUCCCAUGGCGCGAAUAGAAAGGCCGUUGUUCUGCGAGAUCUGCCUAAAAGUUUUUGCUGAUCGAAAAUCUCUGGAACAACACGAAAGCUAUCACAAACGAGUUCAUCUCAUGAUAGACAACAACGAAAUUGAGUUCACUGAUCCGGAAAUUUUGCUGCCCGAAUCAUGUGAGUUCGAUGAAGAAGACCUACAAGGCGUCCCAGUGAUACAUUAG